AGCGUCUCCCAUAUAGAGCAAACAGAGAGAGAAAGAGUUGGACCCUGUGCUUCCCUUUGGUUUCGCUCACUAUUUCUGUGGACAAUGCUGCGAGUCAGAUGUCUGAGAGGAGGCAGCAGAGGGGCCGAGGCUGCCCAUCUGAUCGGAGCCAUGCUUGGCCGGUCAGUUACAGGAUGGGUGCAGAAGACCUUUCAGAGCACUUCCAGUGCAGCAGCUGCUCAGCAGCACGCAGCUGAAGAGGAACAUGUUACUGAGCCUGCUCAGCAGGAGUGUCCUGUCUGCAGCUACAAUGAAUGGGACCCUCUUGAGGAGGUGAUCGUGGGUCGAGCCGAAAACGCACACGUGCCUCCCUUCACUGUGGAAGUGAAAGCAAACACAUAUGAGAAGUACUGGCCUUUCUACCAGAAGCAUGGGGGCCAGUCCUUUCCUGCGGACCACUUGAAGAAAGCUGUUGAUGAGAUUGAAGAAAUGUGCAAUAUCCUGCGUCACGAGGGUGUCGUCGUUAAGAGGCCAAAACCCAUCGACUGGUCUGUUGAAUACAAAACUCCAGAUUUCACGUCAACAGGAAUGUAUGCUGCCAUGCCUAGAGACAUCCUCAUGGUUGUGGGAAAUGAAAUUAUAGAGGCCCCCAUGGCCUGGAGAGCUCGGUUUUUUGAGUACCGUGCCUACAGGCCUUUGAUCAAGGAGUACUUUAGAAAAGGUGCAAAAUGGACCACAGCUCCUAAACCCACCAUGGCUGAUGAUCUGUAUGAUCAGGACUACCCCAUCCUCACUGUGGAGGACAGACACAAGCUGGCUGCCCAUGGGAAGUUUGUGACCACAGAGCAUGAGCCUUGCUUCGAUGCUGCUGAUUUCAUUCGAGCUGGGACGGACCUUUUCGUCCAGAGGAGUCAGGUUACAAAUUACAUGGGAAUCGAGUGGAUGAGGCGCCACCUGGCCCCAGAUUACAAGGUGCACAUCAUCUCAUUCAAGGACCCCAACCCCAUGCACAUCGAUGCGACUUUUAACAUCAUCGGCCCGGGGUUGGUGUUGUCAAAUCCUGAUCGCCCAUGUCGCCAGAUUGACAUGUUCAAGAAAGCUGGUUGGACUGUUGUGAAACCCCCAACACCUUUGAUUCCUGAUGACCACCCACUGUGGAUGUCCUCCAAGUGGCUCUCCAUGAACGUCCUGAUGUUGGAUGAGAAACGUGUGAUGGUUGACGCCAAUGAAGACACUAUUCAUAAAAUGUUUGAAAAUCUCGGUAUCAAGACCAUAAAGGUGAACAUUCGCCAUGCCAACUCACUUGGUGGUGGCUUCCACUGCUGGACAACCGAUGUCCGCCGCCGUGGUAUCCUGGAGUCCUACUUCCACUAGCCUCGCCAGAAAUAGGCAGUUUUUAUUGAGCUUUUAAAGCUAAAGCCUCAAUCCAGAAGCUUCUUAGAUAAUUGAACACCACUAGAAGGGUGGAUAAAAUCUGCUGUGUCCAAAUUUGAAACCCUAUCUUAGGUAAUAUGUUCAAACCCAUGUGAAACUAAUGACAGUAUGGUGGUUUUUCUUGGUGCCACCGAAGGCUCUUCUCCGGAUUGUGCCGUAAUUGAACAUUUAUGAAUGAUUUUGAUCUGCUGGACAUUGGAAUGCCUUUGCAAACAGCUUUCUUUAUAGAUAAAUAGCACACAUAUGCUGAACAACAAUAGUCUUCGGUUUAAUUCACACAGGAAUCUCAAUAUUAACUGCAUUUCUGGCCUGGCAGUCGUGAAGCUGAUCCAUCUAAAAGCCAAUGCUUUGAGGACAAGGUACAAUUUGGUAUGCGAAUGUCACUAAACCUGGGCACAAGAGGUUAGAAGCUACCUCUACUUUAACAUUCAGGGUGCUUUUCCUUAUCCAGACUUCUAUUUCCUUGUGUCCUCGCUACAAUGAAAGAUCUUCUCAUACCUGUAGAUGUAGGUGCCUGUAGGUGCCAUACAUCUCUUCUUACUUUAAUAUCUUUAAUAGGUGCAAAGAAGAAGAAACAUUUGUGAAAGAACCAAGGAAAUUGCAUAAUGAAAAGAACCCUGAGAAAUCACAAUUCUCCAUUUUUUCAAUAAUUGUUUUUAUAAAGAAACAUGUAGAAAACUUUCAGGUAGGUCAUGAAGCCAUUUGAAUUUAUCAAAUUUUUAACAUUGAGUAAACUGGAAAUAUUGAGCUUAUAUUUUUACAACUCUUUUUAUUGGAUUUCCCAGCAAUAAGUGUUUUUAUAUAUUUUCGGAAAACUCUAUGAAGUCCAUAUCAGAUUUCGAAUACCUUUUUCUUCUGCUGUUGUCUCCUGUUGCAUAUCUGGGCCAGUUACAGUGCAUGCUGCCAGUCUUUCCUGGUGAACUACUUUUUUUGCUUUAACAAACAAAGUGAAAAUGCAUUUGAGUAGUUAUUUUAUUUCAUGUUUUAUGAUUCCUGUGCCGCCUAUAAAGUUGAGUAUUAAUUAAACUGCUUAAAAUAUUGCUGAGGCAAUGAAUUUGAGGGAAAAUGUGGUUCAAUAGAGUGAUGCAAGUGAUGUUUUGUAGUAUGUCAGGCCAUUAAAAUGUAAUUAAAAAGUCUCACGUUUCA